AUCUAAUCGAUGCUCUUUAUGCUGUUGCUCUCACUAGUGCAUUCAUAAAUAUAUGAUUGCAAAAUUCAAUAAGGAGAAUGUUCAGAUAACUAUGAACCAGUUUGUGGGUUAAAUAUUUCCAAUACACCCAUCUAAACUUUUGUUAAUUAUUGCUAUGCUUGUAAAGCAAGUUAGGUGGUGAAGUAUCUAAAAGGGGAUUGUUAAAAGAAGGGAGAUGACACUAAAAUCGAUAUUCCACAGACAUCUGUCGGAGUGGAUAACAAUAGUCCUAAACCUACUUCUGGAAAUUAUACUUAGACCAUAUCUUGUACUAAUCCCAGACCCAGUGUAUGCGAUACCAGGUAAAUAUCAUUUAGAACCUAUUUAGUGUAAAAUCUAUAUGUGGACUCUUUGAUUCUACUAUUAAAUGUACUGGAUAAAAUUGUUUACAGCAAUUUACCAAUGAGUGUUUGGCCUGUAGAAAUACUUCAAUUCAUAGUUACUUCGUUGGAAAUUGCUCUGAAUAUAAGUAUAUUAAUAAAUUAAUAAUUUAAGGCCUUAGACUCCUACAGUAAUUUAAUGUAGCACUGAGUCUUCAAAGAACUGCGAAUUGAAGGAACAAGUUACUGUUUGUGGCUUUUUAGAUGAAACUGCUGUUUGUUAAAACCCACCUUGUUUGUAACCAUUUGAUAACAAAUGUGAACCAUGCCAAUAAGUCAAUAUUACAUCUUAUUUUGUUGGUGAUUGCAACCAAUACUAAGAACUGUUUUAUAGUGCUGAACAAUAAUCAGAUACUUUUGUGGCCAAUUACCAAUAUUGCUAGGCUCAAAGACCUACUGAGUGUGAUCAACAAUAUGUUCAAACAUGUGGGGUCUUGAAGUCUUGCAAUGGUAAUGGAUGCGAAAGAACCUACGAUAAUCCUUGCAGUGCUUGUCAGAAUAAUGAAAUUGAAGGUUACUAUACUGGAGAAUGUUUAAAUAGCUAUGCGUCACUAAUCUCAAUGUUAAUUAUUGCUUUGUUAAUAUAAUGA